AUGGACCAGCCAGGACCAUCUUCAUCCAACCAAGACCCACGAUUCGAUUUCAUCGGUUCAUACGCAGUUAAAUCCCUUAAAUUAAAACCAGAAAAAUGGAUGCGUGUGCUCAGUAUCGAGGAGCACAGGUCAACUUUAAAAGAUUUUGUCGACAAACCUCUGCCGUUACUGUUAGUAAUUGUAUUGACGCAUGCAGCGCAAUUGGUACCAGUCAUAACAUUUCCUUGCUAUUUAAAGAAUAAAGCAGUUUAUUUUGUUAAGAAACGGGCCACUCCUAUACCAAAAGAACAAUGCGCUGAAAUGGUUAUCUUCGGUGACCUAGCACCCCGUUUAAUAGAUGAAUUAGCGGCACUUGUAGAUGAAGUGUUUGUUCCUUUGCUAUCAAACCCUUCGAAUCACGAAGGAUGGCCGCUGGUUGUCUCUCAGGAUAUUUUGAAACAAAUUCAUAAUCUUAAAAGCACUGUUUAUGAGGUUAAAGGAAAAGUUAGCGGGCAAACCGUUCUUCCUAUGCCUGUUGGAGUUGAACUCGUUCAUGAAGCAGAAAAGGAGUUACUCAAGGGCCAAGAAGUAGACUUGUAUUUAAAGAGCGCUAUCGAGGGAGUGGUUAUAAAGUGGGCUCAACAAAUCAAUGACGUCAUGAUGGAAGAUUCUGCACAAGCGUUUGAAAAUGGACAAAAUCCUCAGCCGAAUGUUGAACUUGCAUUCUGGAGGUCAAGAUUAAGCAAUUUGAAUUAUAUCUACGAUCAGCUACGAAUGGAGAGAGUGCGUUGCAUGGCUGUUAUCUUAGAGAAAACGACUUCGGCCUAUUAUCCAUGCUUUAGUCGCUUAUUUAAAAAUAUUGUAUCAGCGCUGGCGGAAGCUAGAGAAAUUGAUAUGUAUUUAAGAACACUAGAAAAACAUUUUCAAGCCCUCGAAGAUACCGAUUUUACAGAAUGCCAGCCGUUAUUUAGACCUCUGUUUCAUGUGAUAUGUAUGGUUUGGCGAGAUUCGAAAUAUUAUUGCAGUUCCUCCAAGCUUAUGGUUUUAAUUAAACAGAUAUGUAAUUUAAUUAUUUUCCAGGCAAAAAAAUGUUUAGACCCAAGCACAUUAUUUCAUAGCGAUAUAGACGAAGCCAGGCAAAGAAUCCAGAUAACUAUCAACAUACUUAAAAACUUUCGUAGCACUUUCGACUACUUCAAGGAAAACUUGCCAAAGUACUUUGAGAACAGAGCUGUUUUAUCAUGGACAUUCCAUCCCAACGUUGUGUUUGAAAGAAUGAAUAAAUUUCUAGAACGAUUAAAUACUAUUCAGUGGUUCUUUAAAACUGUACUGGAAUUUCAAAAAUUGGAAAAAAUCGAGAUUGGCGGCAUGAAAGGUAGAGUUUUAGGAGGACAAAUAAGAGAAAUAUCUGCUGAAUUCGAAUCCUACUUUCACAGUUUUGCCUCUAAGUCAUAUGAUGUACUUGACCCAGACGAUGAAACUUUUAAUGAAGACUUUAAAGUAUUCCAAGAUAAUAUUAUAGACUUAGAUUUAAAAUUAUCUACCGUAUUGGUGGAAUCUUUUGACAAUUGUUCGACUUUGGAAGCGAUUUUCAAGCUAAUUGAUAUUGUGGGUUGCGUCUUAGAUAGACCACUUAUAAAAAAUGAAUUCACUGCAAAGUACGUUGAAAUUAUUGUUAUGCUUGAAAAAGAGAUAGCCAUUUGUGAAGUAAGUCAAAGUACAAAGAGAGGGCUCCUGUACAUGACGAUGCUAGCUGCAAGGAUAACCAAGCCUAUAGCUAGCUUUCGCAAUUUGCCGCACCCGAUAAAAGGGUGCGGCGAGGCCGUCAAACUUUUCGCAAGAUAUGAUGAACUCAUAAAAAAUAUUAAUGAGUUCAAAAGAAAAUAUUUCAAUGAUUGGGCCGCAACCAUACCAGCAGUAAUAGAAGAGAAGACAAAUAAUCCUAUAAUCACAAGACAGGGUUCAGACCUCAUAUUAAAUUUUAGUCCAGCGCUGUUGGAGUUAAUGAAAGAAGUACAUCAUUUAAGAGCUAAUCCUGAUAUUGAGAAAGAAUUGCCAAAAGAAAGUAUGGAUCUAUUUAAUAAGCAGGAAACCUUUCGUCAAUACAGAAUUAACUUAGGCAUAACAAUCGAUUGGUAUAACCAGAUACAUAAAAAUAGUCAGAAAGUGGAAUUCGAUUUAGUUGAAGAUGAAAUAAAAGCUAUUGAUCAGAGAAUUGAAAUGGCGCAACAUGAACUUAAUUGGAAUUCUUACGAUUUGUGGAAUUAUUUACAAGAACUUCACAAAUUAGUGGGAAGUUUAUAUGACCGAAUGUCUAAAAUACAGGAUAAUUUACAAGAGAUCAGAGAGAUAAUGAAAACGUGGUCAUCACAACCUUUAUUUGAGAGAAAAGAAGGGAAAAAGGAUACCUUAAUGAAUUUGGAAGAUCGCAAAGAACGUUCAAACAGAAGAUAUACUGAUAUUCAAAACACUGCUGAACGUAUUCGAAUUCUUUUAGAUGAAAAUAUGCAGUUAUUCAGUAUGCAAGAAAAUCAGGACAGUGAAAUUUGGCUAGCAUAUGUUGCAUUCAUUGAUAAUUUAAUUGAAGAGUCCUUGUUUAAAUCUAUUGCAUGCAGUAUGGGGUACAUAACCGAACAUAUGAAUCCUAAAAAUAAAUUAGCCCCAUUAUUUGAGGCCCAAUUGGAACUUCUAGAACCAGAUAUGGUGUUUUGCCCAAGCUUGGACGUUAACAACGAGAAAGGUUUUACGGCCUUGAUAAAUAAUCUCAUCGAUGACAUUUUAAGGAUGUCCACAUUAAUAGAAAGAAUAUAUAUAAAUAAAACUGAAUCAUAUCAUGAACAAAUUAUUAAUAAUCCUGAUAUUCUUGAGAUGAAGGAAGAAAUUUUUGAUGGAAUUGAAAGGGUGAUUGAGGAAGCUAAUGAAUUUUGUAAAACUUUCGAAAAUUAUUCAUAUUUAUGGUUAGAAGAGAGAGAUGCGAUCAUGGAGAUCUUCCUUGAAUAUGGUCGAAUAUUAACUCCGGAUGAAAUUGAUAAAAUUGGAAGCGAAGAUAAAGAUGUCCAAGUGCCAGUACCUUGCCCACCAAAGAUGGAAGCUUUUAGAGAACAGAUUGACCAUUAUGAGAAUCUCUACAUGGAUAUCGAAGACAUGGAAUCGUAUAAAGUAUUUAAUUCCUGGUUCCAGGUGGAUAUAAGACCAUUCCGCCAAGCUUUACUGAAUACAGUUCGAAAAUGGGGUAACAUGUAUAAAGAGCAUUUAGUAGAAAAUGUUACGUCUAGUUUAAGCGAUCUAGGCAACUUUAUUCGAGAAGCUGAUGAAGGUCUACUUCAGCCCGUACCCGAAGGGGAUUAUGAAGCUCUCGUUACAGUUAUGGGUUAUCUAAUGAAUGUUAAGGACAGAGCAUUAACAACAGAUGAUAUGUUUCAACCACUAACGGAAACAAUUGAAUUACUCAAAUUCUAUGAUAUGGAUAUACCAGAAGAAGUUAAUGUUUUGUUACAAGAAUUACCAGAGCAAUGGCAAGCAACCAAGAAAUUGGCUCUUACCGUAAAGCAACAAGUAGCGCCAUUACAAGCAGCUGAAGUGGCUUGCAUACGAAAGAAGAUAACAAUUUUUGACUUGCAUGUUACUUAUUAUAGAGAAGUCUUUAAGAAGUAUGACUUCUUCAAAUACGAGUGUGACGAUCCAUACGCUGUUAUGUCGAGGGUUGACAAAGAGAUGUUGCAUUUGGAGGAUGAGAUGAAGAGCAUACAAGAGUCAGGAUCACUAUUUGAAGUAAACGUACCAGAGUUUAAAUUACUAAAGCAAUGUAGGAAGGAACUACGAAUGCUUAAGCAAUUAUGGGAUUACGUCUACAUUGUAAGAACAAGUAUUGAGGACUGGAAAACAACACCGUGGCGAAAAAUAGAUGUAGAAAAUAUGGAUAUUGAGUGUAAGAAGUUCGCAAAAGAAAUAAGACUCUUAGACAAAGAAAUGAGGAGUUGGGAUACUUAUAUUAAUUUGGAAGCAACAGUGAAAAAUAUGCUAACUUCAUUAAGAGCAGUAGGAGAACUUCAAAAUCCUGCGAUCAGAGAAAGACAUUGGGAUCAGUUGAUGAGAACUACGAAGAGCUUAGCUGCAUUGCCACCUGAACUCACAGUAAGAAUAGUAAUGGAUACCAAUACGACGUUGGCUGAUUUGUUGGCUUUAAAUUUGCACGAGUUUGAGGAGGAAGUAAAAAAUAUUGUUGAUAAAGCUGUUAAAGAAAUGUCGAUGGAAAAGAUACUUAAGGAUUUAAACACGACCUGGAGCCAGAUGGAGUUCGAACAAGAAGUACAUGCUAGAACGGGAUGUAUUUUAUUAAGAGCUAGUGAAGAGCUGAUAGAAACUCUAGAAGAGAAUCAGGUUCAAUUGCAAAAUUUAAUAACCUCGAAAUUUAUUGCUCACUUCUUAGAAGAAGUUUCGAGUUGGCAGCAGAAACUAUCAAUAGCUGAUCAAGUUAUUACAGUCUGGUUUGAAGUGCAAAGGACAUGGACUCACUUGGAAAGUAUUUUCAUGAGUUCGGAAGAUAUAAGAAAACAAUUACCUGAAGAUUCCGAAAGAUUUGAUAGAAUUGACGCAGAAUUUAAGGUCUUAUCAAAAGAUAUGUCAAAAACUCCAAAUGUUGUUAAAGGCACAAAUAAAGAAGGAUUGGUAGCAAUUCUGGAUAGCUUACAGAAAGACCUAAUUAUAUGCGAAAAAGCACUAGCAGAGUAUUUGGAAACGAAGAGAUUAGCUUUCCCAAGAUUUUAUUUCGUAUCUUCAGCAGACUUACUUGAUAUUUUAUCUAAUGGAAAUCAAGCGGAAUUAGUAAUUAGACACUUAACAAAACUAUUUGAUUCUAUUGCAAAGCUUAAAUUUGGUGAAAAUGAUAAACCUGAAGCGAAAAUGGCGGCUGGAAUGAUAGCAAAAGACGGCGAAUAUGUACCAUUUCAUGGGAUAUGUGACUGCAGUGGAGCUGUUGAAAUAUGGUUAAAUCGACUUCAAGAUAUUAUGAGAUCUUCUAUACGACAAUAUUUUAGUGAAGCUAUUGUAUCCUAUGAAGAAAAACCACGGGAACAAUGGUUAUUCGAUUACAUGGCCCAAGUGUCACUGUGUUGUUCCCAAAUUUGGUGGACUACUGAAGUAAAUUUAGCCUUCGCGAGGUUGGAAGAAGGGUAUGAUAAUGCUCUAAAAGAUUAUUAUAAGAAACAGUUGUCACAAUUAAGCACAUUGAUUACAUUGUUGAUUGGUGAACUAAGUAAACAGGAUAGACAAAAAAUCAUGACUAUUUGUACCAUAGACGUCCAUUCAAGAGAUGUCGUUAGUAAAUUAAUACAAGGAAAAGUUGAAUGGGGUGACAAAGAACUGCAUUGUUUCGCCAAUAUUUGUGACGCACAAUUCAAGUACAGUUACGAAUAUUUAGGAAAUACACCAAGAUUGGUGAUUACUCCUUUAACCGAUCGGUGUUAUAUAACGUUGACUCAAUCUUUGCAUUUAAUCAUGGGAGGUGGACCAGCAGGACCAGCCGGGACAGGGAAAACUGAAACUACAAAAGAUCUAGGACGAGCUCUCGGUAUAAUGGUGUAUGUUUUUAAUUGCUCAGAACAAAUGGAUUAUCAGUCUUGUGGAAAUAUAUAUAAAGGAUUAGCGCAAACAGGCGCUUGGGGGUGUUUUGACGAAUUUAAUAGAAUUUCCGUUGAGGUUUUGUCUGUAGUAGCUGUUCAAGUGAAAUCCGUCCAAGAUGCCAUAAGGGAUAAAAAGGAAAAGUUCAAUUUUAUGGGCGAGAUCAUUGUUUUAGUUCCAACUGUUGGAAUAUUUAUUACAAUGAAUCCAGGUUACGCGGGUAGAACUGAGCUGCCAGAAAACUUAAAAGCUCUAUUUAGGCCUUGCGCUAUGGUUGUUCCUGAUUUUGAAUUGAUUUGUGAAAUUAUGUUAGUCGCUGAAGGUUUUCAAGAUGCUAAGAUUUUGGCUCGAAAAUUCAUCACUCUAUAUACACUUUGCAAAGAACUUCUUUCUAAACAGGAUCAUUAUGACUGGGGUUUGAGAGCAAUUAAAUCUGUAUUGGUAGUUGCUGGCUCGUUGAAGAGAGGCGAUCCUGGUAGACCAGAAGAGGAGGUUUUAAUGAGAACCCUUCGAGAUUUUAAUAUUCCAAAAAUUGUAACAGAUGACAUGCCUGUUUUUAUGGGUUUAAUAGGUGAUCUAUUCCCUGCUCUUGAAGUGCCAAGAAAACGGGAUUUGGAAUUUGAGAGAACAGUUAAACAAGCAGCAAUGGAUUUGUUUCUUCAACCAGAAGAUAAUUUUAUAUUAAAAGUGGUCCAAUUAGAAGAGUUACUUGAGGUACGUCAUUCUGUUUUCAUUGUGGGUAAUGCUGGUACUGGGAAAACCCAAGUGUGGAAAACGUUAUUUAAAACUUAUCAAAAUCUGAAAAAGAAACCAAUAUACAAUGAUUUAAAUCCAAAAGCGGUGACAAAUGAUGAAUUAUUUGGUAUUAUUAAUCCCGCUACUAGGGAAUGGAAGGAUGGUUUAUUUUCCGUCAUAAUGAGAGACCAAGCGAAUAUUGUUGGAGAAAAUCCUAAAUGGAUCCUCUUGGAUGGUGAUAUUGAUCCAAUGUGGAUUGAAUCGUUGAAUACCGUAAUGGAUGAUAAUAAAAUUCUAACUUUAGCCAGCAAUGAGAGAAUUGCACUUACACCCAGUAUGCGACUUAUGUUUGAAAUAUCUAAUCUUCGUACAGCAACUCCAGCUACAGUAUCACGAGCCGGUAUUUUAUAUAUAAAUCCUCAAGAUUUGGGUUGGAAUCCGUACGUUACCAGUUGGAUAGAAACAAGAAAAAUUCCAGCGGAAAAAUCUAAUCUCGUUAUACUCUUCGAUAAAUAUAUUCCACCAUGCCUAGAAACUGUAAGGAACAGGUUUAAGAAGAUUACUCCUAUUGCUGAUAUGGCUCACAUUCAAAUGCUGUGUCAUUUACUAAAUUGUCUGUUAGUUCCUGAGAACACUCCUCCUGAUUGUUCAAAAGAUUGGCAUGAUAUUUUCUUUGUUUUUGCUUGUGUAUGGGCAUUUGGUUCUGCUAUGUUUCAAGACACGAAUAUAGACUAUAGAGUUGAGUUUUCGAAGUGGUGGUUAAAUGAAUUCAAAACUGUUAAAUUUCCAACUGGCGGCACGGUAUUUGACUAUUAUAUAGAUCCCGAAACGAAACAGUUUACGCCUUGGACAGAGAAAAUAACCAAGUUUGAGUUGGAUUCUGACGUACCUCUUCAGGCUGUACUAGUCCCGACGGCGGAAACUAUAAGAAUACGGUUCUUUUUGGAUUUGUUAAUGAAGAAUAGACACCCAGUAAUGUUGGUUGGCGGCGCUGGGUGUGGAAAAACUGUUCUAGUGAAUGAGAAGCUGCAAAGCCUUCCAGAAAAUUAUGCCAUCCAGUCGAUUCCAUUCAAUUUCUACACAACAUCCGAGAUGCUGCAGAAAAUUCUAGAAAAGCCGCUGGAAAAGAAAGCGGGUCGGAAUUAUGGACCUCCCGGGAGUAAGACCCUAAUAUACUUUAUAGAUGACAUGAAUAUGCCAGAAGUUGAUGCGUAUGGUACAGUGCAACCCCAUACGAUAAUACGACAACAUAUGGAUUAUAAUCACUGGUAUGAUCGGACAAAAUUGACCCUGAAAGAUAUACAUAACACCCAAUACGUAUCUUGUAUGAAUCCCACUUCAGGAAGUUUUACAAUAAACCCAAGAUUGCAAAGACAUUUCUGCGUAUUUGCUAUAAGUUUUCCUAACACGGAGGCUCUCAAUAACAUUUAUCAUUCAAUACUGAGCCAACAUCUUGCAAACCCUGAAUUAAGGAUCAGUGCACAAAUUGCAAAACUUUCGUCGAACGUAGUGAGUGCAACCAUUGCUCUUCACAACAAAGUUUCCCAAGUCUUCCUGCCGACAGCUAUCAAAUUCCAUUAUAUAUUUAACUUACGGGAUUUAUCUAAUGUUUUCCAGGGAUUCCUUUUCAGUACAAAUGAAUGUUUGGUAAAUCCUUCAGAUAUAAUCAGGCUUUGGCUGCACGAAACCCACAGGGUGUAUGGUGAUAAACUCACAGAAGAUAAAGAUAUUGACGCUUUUCUUAAAAUGCAAGUGGAUUUGUGUAAGAAGAAUUUUGAAGAUAUAGACGAAGGCGUAGUCUUUGAGCGACCUAACAUAUACUGCCAUUUUGCCGGUGGCAUCGGCGAGCCCAAGUACAUGCCCAUAGCGACGUGGACUCAACUCAAUAAGCUACUGACAGAAGCAUUAUCGAGUUACAACGAUCUAAUUGCUGCAAUGAAUUUAGUAUUAUUUGAAGACGCCAUGAUGCACAUUUGCAGAAUAAGUCGUAUAUUGGAAAGCCCAAGAGGCAGUGCCCUCCUGGUAGGCGUGGGCGGUUCAGGAAAACAAUCGUUAUCUAGACUUGCAGCAUUCAUAGCUAGCUUAGAAGUUUUCCAGAUACAAUUGAAGAAAGGGUAUGGAGUAUCAGACCUUAAGAAAGAGCUGUCAGGCUUGUACAUAAAGACUGGCUUGAAAAAUGUUGGAAUAAUGUUUCUGAUGACUGAUGCUCAAGUGGCUAACGAACAGUUCCUGGUUCUGAUCAAUGAUUUGCUGGCGUCUGGUGAAGUUGGUGAUCUGUUCCCUGAUGAUGAUAUCGAGAAUAUUAUUGCCGGUGUGAGGAAUGAGGUCAAAGGAGCAGGUCUACCGGAUACUAGAGAAAUUUGUUGGAAAUUCUUUAUAGACAGAGUGAGGAAGCAGUUAAAAGUCGUCCUGUGUUUUUCGCCCGUGGGUUCUACGUUACGAGUGAGAUCCAGAAAGUUCCCAGCUCUUAUUAAUUGUACAUCGAUCAAUUGGUUCCAUGAAUGGCCACAAGAAGCUUUGGUAUCUGUCUCUAUGCGCUUUUUAGAAGAGUUACAUGUCCUCCCUAUAACGCUCCGUGACUCGGUAUCAAGAUUCAUGGCAUAUGUUCACACUUCGGUUAACACAAUAUCUAAAGCAUAUUUAUCUAAUGAGAGACGGUAUAAUUAUACAACGCCUAAAAGCUAUUUAGAACAAAUCAGUCUGUACUCCAAAUUGGUUAACCAAAAGACAGAUGAACUUCGUGCAAAAAUCUCCAGAUUAGAAAAUGGCUUAGAAAAACUGCGAGGCACAGCAUCACAAGUGGAUGCUCUAAAAGCAAAAUUAGCAAUACAAGAAAUAGAGCUGCAACAAAAGAAUGAAGCUGCCGAUAAGCUUAUUGAAAUGGUUGGUGUUGAGACUGCUAAAGUUCAAAGUGAAAAAGCAUUGGCUGACGAGGAAGAAGAAAAAGUUGCAGUGAUAGCUGAAGAGGUAGCCAAAAAGCAAAAAGACUGCGAAGAAGAUCUUAUAAAAGCAGAACCAGCUCUUGUAGCGGCUCAGGAAGCUCUAAACACAUUAAACAAAGCAAAUCUUACGGAGUUAAAAUCAUUUGGUUCACCACCAGGAGCGGUAACUAAUGUCACUGCAGCGGUCAUGGUUCUCUUAGCCCCAGGAGGAAAAAUACCUAAAGAUAGAAGUUGGAAGUCUGCUAAGAUGAUGAUGGCAAAAGUGGAUGUAUUUUUGGAAUCUCUAAUACAUUACGAUAAAGAAAACAUCCAUCCAGAUGUCAUUAAAGCUAUCCAACCAUAUUUAAAAGAUUCUGAAUUUGAACCAGAGUUUGUGAGGUCUAAAUCAGCCGCGGCAGCAGGAUUAUGCGCAUGGGUCAUUAAUAUUAUUAAAUUUUACGAAGUAUUUUGUGACGUUGAGCCUAAAAGAAAGGCUUUGACUGCAGCUAACGCAGAAUUAGCAGCUGCAACAGAAAAACUCAAAUCUAUAAAGUCCAAAGUAGCUUCUCUAGAAGAACAACUAGCAACUUUAACAGCGGACUUUGAGAAAGCAACAGCUGAGAAAUUGAAAUGUCAACAGGAAGCUGAUGCUACAAAUAGAACUAUACAGUUAGCUAAUAGACUGGUAAAUGGGCUGGCUAGUGAAAACGUUAGAUGGGCUGAAGCUGUUUCUAACUUCAUGCAACAGAGUACGACUUUACCAGGCGAUGUGCUUUUGGUUUGUGCGUUUAUCUCAUACGUGGGUUGUUUUACUAAACUCUACAGAUUGGAUUUGUUACAUAAAAAUUGGCAACCAUUUUUGAAAACAUUGGAGCCUCCAAUACCCAUAACAGAAGGGCUGGAUCCGCUUACUAUGUUAACAGACGAUACAACUAUAGCUAUGUGGCAGAAUGAAGGCUUGCCCUCUGAUAGAAUGAGCACAGAAAAUGCAACCAUACUAUCUAAUUCUGACCGGUGGCCCUUAAUGAUUGACCCCCAGUUACAAGGAGUAAAAUGGAUAAAACAAAAGUACGGAGAUAUUUUACGUGUAAUACGUCUUGGACAGAAAGGUUAUUUAGAUACAAUUGAAAAAGCAAUUAUUAAAGGCGAAACUGUAUUAUUGGAAAAUAUAGGAGAAACGGUAGAUCCUGUAUUAGAUCCCUUGUUGGGAAGAAAUCUGAUUAAAAAAGGAAGGGCAAUUAAGAUAGGUGAUAAGGAGGUGGAAUAUAGUUCGAACUUCAGGCUUAUAUUGCACACAAAACUAGCUAAUCCUCAUUACAAACCAGAAAUGCAAGCUCAAACAACUUUAGUCAACUUUACUGUAACUAGAGACGGUUUAGAAGAUCAACUUUUAGCUGAAGUUGUAAAGGCUGAAAGGCCCGAUCUGGAGGAACUAAAAGCUGAACUAACUAAACAACAAAAUGAAUUUAAAAUACAAUUAAAAGAACUAGAAGAUGACUUAUUAUCCAGACUGUCUUCAGCCGGUGAAAAUAUUCUUGGUGAUACGGCAUUGAUAGAAAAUUUAGAAAUAACUAAGAAAACAGCAGCGGAUAUUGAAAAAAAGGUCUCGGAAGCUAAAGUGACAUCGCAUGAGAUUGACCAAGCAAGAGAAUUCUAUCGGCCGGCUGCAGCUAGAGCGUCUCUUUUGUAUUUUAUUUUAAACGAUCUAAAUACUAUAAAUCCAAUCUACCAAUUCUCUUUAAAGGCUUUUAGUGUGGUAUUUCAAAAAGCGAUAUCCAAAGCAGAACCAUGCGAGGAAGUAAGUCAAAGAAUAAAGAAUUUGAUCGACUGCAUUACGUAUUCUGUGUUUCAAUAUACAUCAAGAGGCCUUUUUGAAUGCGAUAAGCUUAUUUUUGCAUCGCAAAUGACUUUCCAGGUGCUACUAAUGAGUGAAGAAAUAUCCCCAGCUGAGCUGGAUUUCUUCUUACGAUUUCCAAUCAAACCCCACGUGACUAGUCCAGUCGAUUUUCUAUCAAACCAAAGUUGGGGAGGUAUUUGCUCACUGGCUAGCAAGGAUGAAUUCCGCAAUCUUGAUAGAGAUAUUGAGACGUCGCCAAAGAGAUGGAAGAAGAUUGUAGAAAUGGAGUGCCCUGAAAGAGAGAAGUUUCCACAAGAAUGGAAAAACAAAACAGCCCUCCAAAGGUUAUGUAUGUUAAGAGCGUUAAGGCCUGACCGAAUGACCUAUGCUGUAGCCACGUAUAUCGAAGAGAAGAUGGGCUCAAAGUAUGUUGAAAACAGAACGGUGGAAUUUAGUAAAUCAUUUGAAGAAACGAGCCCAAGCACUCCGAUUUUCUUUAUUCUAUCUCCCGGAGUGAAUCCUUUGAAAGAUGUGGAGGCUUUAGGAAAAGCAAUGGGCUUCACAUCUGAUAACGGGAAUUUCCAUAACGUAUCUCUGGGCCAAGGACAGGAGAUAGUUGCAGAGCAAGCUAUGGAUGAGUCUUUUAAGGAAGGACAUUGGGUUGUACUACAGAAUAUACAUUUAGUGAAAAAAUGGUUACCAAGUCUUGAAAAGAAAAUGGAAAGCUUUGCUCAAGGAUGUCACCAAGAUUUCAGACUGUUUAUGUCAGCGGAGCCCGCCGCCACUCCCACGGCACAUAUAAUUCCGCAAGGAAUUUUGGAGUCAAGUAUUAAAAUUACAAACGAACCCCCAACUGGCAUGCAGGCUAACUUACAUAAAGCAUUGGAUAAUUUUAAUCAAGAAACAUUAGAAAUGUGUGGAAAAGAAGCGGAGUUCAAGGCUAUACUAUUCUCGUUGUGCUAUUUUCACGCAGUGGUGGCGGAGAGGCGAAAGUUUGGUCCACAAGGAUGGAACAAGAUUUAUCCUUUCAAUGUUGGUGACCUAACAAUCAGCGUUUUUGUAUUAUAUAAUUACUUGGAGGCAAAUUCAAAAGUGCCAUGGGAGGACCUUAGGUACCUCUUCGGGGAAAUAAUGUACGGCGGUCACAUCACCGACGACUGGGAUAGAAGGCUUUGUAAUGCCUAUUUGGAGGAAUUGAUGCAACCUGAUCUGGUUGACGGGGAGCUUCAGCUAGCUCCUGGUUUCCCAGCUCCACCCAACACCGACUACGCUGGCUACCACCAGUAUAUAGAAGAUGCCAUGCCUGCAGAAUCUCCGUAUUUGUACGGGUUGCAUCCAAACGCUGAAAUUGGCUUUCUAACUACCACAUCGGAAAAUUUAUUCAGAACUAUAUUUGAAAUGCAACCACGCGAUGCCCAAGCUUCAGGCGCCACUACAGUCACUAGAGAGGAUAAGGUAAAACAAAUGCUGGAUGAAAUAAUGGAGAAAUUGCCAGAAGAAUUCAAUAUGGUCGAAAUAAUGGGUAAGGUUGAGGAAAGAACGCCAUACGUAAUUGUUGCUUUCCAAGAAUGUGAAAGGAUGAACAAUUUGACUGGAGAGAUGAAAAGGUCGCUGAGGGAAUUGGAUUUGGGUCUUAAGGGUGAACUAACUAUAACAUCAGACAUGGAAGAUUUGGAAAAUGCCUUAUUUUUAGAUCAAGUGCCAGCAAUAUGGGCGAACAGAGCAUAUCCUUCGCUCUUGGGUUUAUCCGCUUGGUUCGUGGAUCUUCUACUGCGAUUGCGUGAAUUGGAAACGUGGGCUACUGAUUUUGUGUUACCAACGUCAGUGUGGCUGGGAGGGUUUUUCAAUCCUCAGAGCUUACUCACAGCUAUUAUGCAGAGCACGGCAAGACGCUACGAGCUCCCUCUAGACAAGAUGUGCUUACAGUGUGACGUCACUAAGAAGAUGAAGGAAGACUUUACCAUUGCUGAUUCUCGCUCCGCACCGCGAGAUGGCGCUUACGUUCACGGCCUGUUGAUGGAAGGCGCUCGUUGGGACAUGCAAGCUGGAAUCAUCAUGGAUUCUCGCUUAAAAGACCUCUUUCCGCCUAUGCCUGUUAUUAACGUUAGGGCCAUAACGCAAGACAAGCAAGACCUCCGCAACAUGUACGAGUGUCCAGUUUACAAAACUCGAACCCGUGGUCCGACAUAUGUGUGGACUUUCAACUUGAAGACCAAAGAUAAACCCGCCAAGUGGACUCUGGCUGGAGUUGCGUUGCUUCUGCAAAUAUAAAUAUAUAAGAAUUUUACUCGCACCCUCUUAUAUAUAAGCAGUUAAUUGUAAUGGUUCGAAAUGUUA